CCAUGAGUAACAACUCAAAUCGUUCUGCUGGACUCAACCAAAAAAUGGCUGGGAUGUCAUUCAAUGAUAAAGAAAACAAGCCCAACCAACAAGCAGCUAGCAUCGGAUGGCAGAAUGUGAGCACAUCCUGGAAUAAUAACAGGAACAAUACAUCCCGUCACGGUAAUCAGAGACCAAGUCAGCCUGGAAACUAUGCUGGUCAUAAUCGACCUAAUGCUCAACAAAACCCUGGACACAAUCAAAGUUGGCAACAAAAUCCUGGUAGACCAACUGGGACCGGUGGCUGGGGAAGCUCGCAACAAAACGCACCCGUAGAAAACACCCAAACUUGGGAAAGUGCACCUCUUCCUGUCACCAGAGCAGCACCUAGCAAUGCUGGCUGGGAAAACACGAAACCACCUGCACAAACGAAUACUAAGCAAGGAUGGGAAAGUACACAGCCUAAUAAACCUGCAGCCCCAGCGCCCAGCAAUGAUGGCUGGAGUAGCGCAAAGCCAGCAGCACCUAGCAAUAGUGGGUGGGGAAAUGCAGAGCCUAGCAAACCAGCAGCUCCAGCACCCAGCAAUGAUGGUUGGAGUAGCGCAAAGCCAGCAGCACCUAGCAAUAGUGGAUGGGGAAGUGCACAGGCGAGUAAGCCAGCAGCACAAGCACCCAGAAAUGAUGGUUGGAAUAGUGUAAAGCCAACUGCACCUAACAAUAGUGGGUGGGGAAGUGCACAGACAACAGCUGCAGCACCCAAGGAUGGUCGUGGUUACUGGGAAAAUGGCGUUCACGUCCUUGCUGCUCCUAAUCCUGAAUUGGAGAUCAAGUUGUUUGGUACUCCCGAAGCCACAGAAGUGACACACACUGGUAUAAAUUUCGAAAAGUACGCAGAUAUUCCUGUGGAAGUUAAGGGUGUCGAUGUACCAGAAGGUUUAAAGGAGUUCACCACACCUCCCGUCGAUAAACACUUGUUUGACAACAUUAAACGUGCUCGUUAUACAACACCAACACCAGUACAAAAACAUUCUAUUCCAAUUGUCAUGGGUGGUCGUGACUUGAUGGCCUGCGCUCAGACAGGUUCUGGAAAGACUGGUGGUUUCUUAUUUCCUAUUCUUUCGGCCAUGUUCCAAGAAGGCCCUAGAGAUCCCCCUAAAGGCGCAUCUGACAGCUACAUGUCCAGAAAGGCUUACCCUAGCGCUCUUAUUCUUGCUCCUACACGUGAAUUGACGUCGCAGAUUUACGAAGAAGCCAGAAAAUUUGCUUACAGAUCCUACGUACGUCCGUGUGUUGUAUACGGUGGUGCCGACAUCAGUGCCCAAAUUAGACAAAUUGGUCGUGGAUGUGAUAUUCUGGUAGCUACUCCUGGUCGCCUUGUCGAUCUAAUGGAACGUAAACGCAUUUCACUGGCCAACGUUCGUUACCUUAUUUUGGAUGAAGCCGAUCGCAUGCUUGACAUGGGUUUUGAGCCCCAGAUUAGACGUAUUGUCGAAGGCGAAGAUAUGCCUGGUGUCCAAGGACGACAGACUCUUCUAUUUUCGGCAACUUUCCCUCAAAAUAUUCAACAUCUUGCCAGAGAUUUCUUAAAAGAGUAUGUCUUCCUUUCUGUAGGCCGUGUAGGUGCAACUUCCGAAAACAUUACCCAAAAAAUCCUGCUUGUGGAGAAUGAUGAUAAACGUGUAAAGCUUCUCGAAGUUCUUCGUCAGCACAAAGAAAAGGGGUUGACUCUUGUUUUCACAGAAACCAAACGAACCGCUGAUUCGCUUUGUGAAUACUUGACAUUUGAGAACCUUCCUGCUACAGCCAUUCAUGGGGACCGUACCCAGUCUGAAAGAGAAGCAGCAUUGGAUGAUUUCAGAACUGGAAGACGCCCUAUAUUGGUUGCUACCGCAGUCGCUGCUCGAGGCCUGGAUAUUCCGAAUGUUGUUCAUGUAAUUUCGUUUGAUCUGCCAAACGAGAUCGAUGACUAUGUUCACAGAAUUGGCCGUACUGGCCGUGCUGGAAAUACCGGUAUCGCUACCGCAUUCUUCACCCGCUACAACAGAAACAUUGCACCUGAAAUGGUCAAACUUCUGAAGGAAGCUAAGCAAGAGGUACCUUCAUGGCUGGAAACUAUGCAGCCGGACCCUAACUUCGUGGCAUCUGGAGGCCGAGGAAGAGGUCGCGGUGGCCCAGGAGGUGGAUUCCCAAGACGUAACAGAGAUGAUGAUAUUGGACCCCGUUUUUCAAAUGUUAUCUUUAGAUAGAUUUGUUGCGUUUGGCAUGUACAAACUAAACUAUUAUCAGCUUCAGAUCUUUAUAUCCUACAUCUAUGCGUGUGUAUAUGUAUAUAUAAAAUAAUAGUAGGGACUUUUUCCAUUCUUUGACUUUGCAACAC